AUGAAUCCUCCCGACUUUUUUUCCUCGAAAGGACCUGAGAAUUCAGUCGCCUUCAUAGAUGGCAGAGUCUACACCAUGAACCAGGCACAGCCGUGGGCGGAGGCUUUCAUUGUCAACUCAAAGGGCGUGUUUGAAGCAGUUGGUUCAAAUGCUGAAAUCAAGGCGAUCGCCAAGAAGAGGAGGUUGAUUCAGUAUCAACUAAAGAGUAAAUUCGUUAUGCCCGGUAUACAUGAUGCCCAUACGCAUCUCCCGUGUGGAAGCAUGCAGCGUCUGGGAGAGGCACACAUUGGGUUUAACAGCUCCAGUAACAACAUGGCACACGACCUAGAGCAUGCGGGCUGUGCUUGUGCGUACUCGAAUGUCAUGGGCGACUGGAUCAUUGGAAAUUUCUACUCAUCAGAAAACUUUCCUGACGGCAUCCCCGAUCGCAAAUACCUAGACGAAAAAUACCCAGACGUCCCCGUGAUGGUGCGCGAGGUUUCAUGCCAUCGGGUUCUGCUCAACACCACAGGGCUUAAACGGGUAGGACUCAACAGAGACUCACAAGCGCCACACGGCGGCUCCUUGCCACGACGCCCGGAUGGAGAGUUGACUGGCGAGGUUAUCGAAGGAGCUAUCGGAAUGGUGUUCCUUGCCUUGCCUAGAACCCUUCUCGGCUACGUGAAAACCGCCCUGGAAUUCGCGAUUUCAGAGUGCCACCGCUACGGCAUCACCUCUGUGCAAGAAGCUUCGGCAAACACCUUAUACCUACACGCCGUGAAGGAGCUUGAAUCGGAGAAUCGACUUCCGCUUGACAUCAGCACACACAUAGUCUGUGCACCGGAAGGACCAGCAUUGGAGCCUCGGGAGCGACUAGCCGCGCUUUUGAAUGUUGCUGAAGCCUUUGAAAGUGAGCAUGUUCACAGUGACUUUGUAAAGCUCUUUCUGGACGGAGCCCCUCUGCCGCCUAACUCAACACAAAGUGAUCUGGACGAGAACGGCAAGCCUGAUGAAACGCAUCUGAACCUUACUUUUAACGAGCUGCUGGAUUACCUCGUGCAAUAUGAUGCCAAGGGGAUGACAUGCAAGGUGCAUGUAGCUGGGGAGGGAAGUGUGCGCAGGGCACUCGAAGUCAUGGAAGAGUUGCGAAAGAGAAAUCCCAAUGGUCCUCAACACGAACUUGCACAUUGCAACGCAGUGCACCCAGAUGACAUUGCGCGCUUCGCGCCGGCGAGACUCACUGCAGAAAUGUCGCCCGCCAUAUGGCACUUUCCGAUUGCUGCCACAACACCAAAGCUGUUCAAGUGGCCGUUCAACGAGAUGUUAGCGACAGGAGCCAAACUCACCAUUGGAUCCGACUGGAUUUUGACCUUGAAUCCAAGCUUGUUUGAUGCUCUUGCUCAUCUAGUUGAGCGCAUCCAAGGUCCAAACAUGCCGAAGCCGGACAAAAAGGCGGCAGGAGAGCUACUAUGCCGUAUCAUUACCAUGGGAGGCGCAGAAGCUGUUGGCAGAAGCCAUAUCCAGGGUAGCAUCGAGGUCGGGAAGAAAGCCAAUUUCAUCGCCGUGGACAGGGAUUUAAGUGCGGGAGAAUUCGCAGGAGCGAACGUUUUAAAGACUUGGUUCGAAGGCCGACAAGUGUACAGCUCUGUCGCUGGAGAGAUGGCUAUUGCGUAA